AUGUCUGACGAUGAGGUCGCAGCCGACUACGAUUCCGUACUGGAAUAUGAAGACCAGGCCGCUGGCGCCCUGGGACUGCUGCGACACCAUAUUUUGGAGCUGUCUAAUCCUCCGACCACCGGUACAGGUGUUCGUGUAGAGCCGCCGCCCAUACAACCUACCAGCGCGCUGCCUUCUGGCGAGAACGGUCCCCAAGUGAGUGCCCCUGCCGCACUUGGACCAAGACUGCCCAAAUUGGACCUAAUGAGAUUCGAUGGAUCAACGAUGAAGUGGCAGUCGUUUUGGGACGUGUUCCGCCACAACGUGCAUGAUAACUCCCGUCUCAGUGACAUCGUGAAGUUCCAGUAUCUCCACUCUCUUCUGGACGGCCCGGCAGCCAAGGCUAUCGCAGGGAUCCUUACCACCGAGAACAGUUCCGCCGAUGCCAUUGAGAUUCUCAAGGAACGCUUCGGGAACGCCAAGAUCAUCGAGGCAAAGUACCUUGAGAACCUGCGUACCCUCACUCCGGUGAGCUCUUCGACCCAUGUCACGGGAUUGCGGAACCUGUACGAUUUAGUACAGGCGAAUAUAAGAGGACUGAGAGGUCUCGGAGUUCCUGCGUCGUCGUAUGCAGCAAUGCUCGGCGAAGUUUUAACGAAAGCCAUCCCUCAAGACGUCAUGGUAAAUUACCAUAGACACAGAAGCCUUAAGGCAAAUGACGAUCGGAACUUAAGGCCAACAGCGGAGGAAGACCUUGAAGAUCUCCUGCAGUAUUUUCGCGUCGAGGUUGACUGCAGGGAGAGAACAGCUCACGGUCUAUUAGAGGGAUCCAGCAGACAGUACCUGCUGCCCGGAUCCGGUCGCCGACAGACACCACCGUCAUCGGCAGCAGUGCUUAAGAACAGUGCCACUGAAACGUGCGUCUUUUGCGAGAAGUGUCAUGCAACAUCAGAGUGUGACUCCUCCUUGGACCACAACGAGAAAAGGCGUCUGCUCAUGGCAAGCGGCAGCUGUUUCCGGUGCACUACCAAGGGGCAUCGGGCCCAGGAUUGCCGCCGCAAGACCUACCAGUUCCUCAACUAUGGAACCACUGCUCUGGAAGGGUCAACCCUGCAGACUUGA